CGUGUUUAUUUACAGUAUAAAAGAUUUUAUUAUUAUUCAAAUUAUAUUUUAAACAAGAAUAUAAACCUUAUGACAUAUUAAGAGCUAAGGUUUAAUUAGACAUCCCUCUAAAGAUCAGAUACUAAAUGGAUGCAAAUGAAGACAUAGAAGUGAAAGAACAGCAAAGUUCCAAUUUACAAGCGGUAAAAAUGGAUGAAAGUAAUGAUUCUGGGGAGAAUACAUCAUUAAAGCAAGAUUUAAAAUUGGAGCCCGAACUAUAUAGUUACGACACAAAUGUCUAUAAGAAAUACUUUUUACGUGAGAAUAAACUUAAGCAAGAUGUCUAUAUUGAAGACGACAAGAUAAAAAGCACAAGGAGUAGAAGUACAAAAGAUACAAUAACGAAGGAUAUUCUAGAAGAUUUAUAUAUUUGUGAUAUUUGCGAUUUCACAUCAUCUUCAGAAAUAGGAAUGACUUCACAUAGAAACAGUCAUAAUAAUAUUACAAAUAAAUAUAAAUGUAAUAUUUGUAAACAAGAGUUUAGUACAAACACAUUAUUAAAAAAUCACAAAGAUAAACAUGUAGAUGAAACAUUUCUAUGUAAAAAAUGCAAACUAGCAUUCUCAGAUCACAGAGUAUAUCUUACUCACUUGAUAAAUCACAUGACGAAGCCACCCUAUACUUGCUUUGAAUGCGAUUAUGAAUUUAGAAAACUACGAAGUUUAAAGGCUCAUAUUAAGCGUCAUUUUUUAGAUGUCGAAGUUCAAUGUCCUAUCUGUAAGAAAAAACUUGAAAAGAGAUCUUUGAAUAAUCAUAUUCAAAUCCGUCAUUCUGCAACAACUGAAUGUAUUGAGUGUCAUAAAGUUGUGUCAAAGAAAAAUAUUGAUUACCAUAUGGCAGUACACACUGGAUUGAAACCUUUUCAAUGUUUAUAUUGUGGUAAAGGUUUUAUAACAACAUCUCAACGACUAAGACAUAGUAGACAACAUACAGACUAUAGACCAUACAAAUGUGAAAUCUGCGACCGAGCUUUUCCACAAAAUAUAGAGUUACAAAAGCACAUUUUAAGCAAACACUCAUCACAUCGGUAUGAAUGUGAUACUUGUGGUAAAAGGUACAAACAUAAGAACUCUUUGGCUAUGCAUAUCCGCAUACACACAAACUACAAACCAUUUAAGUGUCCUAAGUGCCCAGAAGUGUUUACAGUGUUACCAUCUUUAAAAAGUCAUUUUUAUACAAGACAUAUUAAAGAAAACAAAUUUCAUUGUGAGACAUGUGGUAAUGAAUUCAAAACAGUUUCAGGCUUAAGAAGGCAUAAAUUGGCUAAAGCACACCAAAGAAUGGAAUAUAAGUUAAAGAUGGAGAAAUAAAUUAACUUUAAAAUAUCAAGUCAUACUAAAUUAUUUUUCUAACGCACAGAUAAUUGACAAAAAAGUAUUUUAUGUAGGCAGCUAAGAACAGGAGCUUUGAAUUCAAGAAAGCAAAUGUUUCAACCAACCUUCAAAAUCUGUUUUAUAUAGGUAUCACCGAAUUACACAUUAGUUUCCAACUAAUGACGAUGUCUACAAUAAAGUCGAAAAUAAACACUUAUUCUAUUACUUGUAAGCAAAUUACUGACUAACUCAGUGCUUUUGUUUUCGAUUUGUAUUUUAUUUGUAUUGCUUGAGUAUUAACAAAUAUAAGUUCAUUGAACACAA